AUGGGUGAAGGCGGUUUCGCGGGGAAAUGGAGAAAACUUAGUGGAGAAGACAACUGGAAUUCACUCUUGGAACCUCUCGACAUUGACCUUAGACGUUACCUCAUUUUUUAUGGUGAAAGGGUUCAAGCCAACUAUGACACUUUCAUUCUUGAUCGUAGGUCAAGAUAUACGGGUGCAAGUAAAUUCACGAAAAAACAGUUCUUUUCACGCCUCGGUCUCGAUAAGGGUAACCCUAUAAAGUACAAUGUUGUUAAGUAUAUCUAUGCUACGUCCACAUCACCCACCGCCCCUCAAUCGUUUCUUUUGAAGUCUCUUGUGAAGGACCCGUAUUUAGGGCAGUCAAAUUGGAUGGGGUACAUUGCAGUGUCUUCAGAGAAAUCGAAACCUUUGUUGGGAAGGAGAGAUAUUGUGAUUUCAUGGAGAGGGACGAUACAAAUAUCAGAAUGGAUUGAGAAUUUUGAUUUCCCGUUGAAGCCAACGACUAAGGUUUUUCCAACAUCGACAUGUGCACUAGCGCAUUCAGGAUUUCUUUCGAUAUAUACGUCUAGUCAUCCGAAUUCUCGCUUUAAUAAAACUAGUGCGAGAGAUCAGGUUGUAUCUACGAUCAAGAGGCUAGUUGAAAGAUACAAGGAUGAAGACGUGAGUAUAACCGUAAUCGGCCAUAGUCUAGGUGGGGCACUAGCAACCCUAACCGGAGGCGACAUAGCAGUCAACGGCUACAACAAACCUACAUCCCGACCCAAUAAGUCAUUUCCCGUAACAGUAUUUGCAUACGGGAACCCUAUUCUCGGAAACAUAUGUCUUCGCGAGCUUCUCCACAAGCAAGAAAAUCUUCACAUCUUACGAACCGUAAACAUGAUAGAUUUUAUACAAUUUUUACCACCAUUGAUUGGGUACGAACAUAUUGGUCAUAAAUUAGUGAUUGAUACUCGAAAGUCUCCAUACUUGAAAGCUAUAGAAAGCUAUGCAAAAAGGCAUAAUAUGGAGGCUUCUUAUUUGCAUGGGCUUGCAGGCUCACAUGGUGUUGAUAAAGAGUUCAAGUUGGUAAUUACUCGGGAUCUUGCGCUUGUCAAUAAGCGAACGAAUUUGUUGAAAGAUGAGUAUUUGAUACCCAAUCAUUGGUGGACUCAACAAAAUAAAGGGAUGGUUCAAUUAUCAAAUGGAUCUUGGAAAUUGCAUGAGCUUAAGGGUUACCCACCACAAAAUGACGAGAUAGAAUAUGAUGACAAGGAUGAUGAUGAUGAUGAGGACGAGAUCGAGCAUGAUGACAAUGAUGAUGAGGAGGAGGACGAGAUUGAGGUUAUUUUCGAAGAUUGA